AUGCAAUUUUUUCAAGGUAUUUUUAUGCCAAAAUAUGAUCCGACGAUUAAAGAUGUUUAUAAAAAGACUGUUGAAAUUGAUGGAAGACAAUAUUCAUUAGAAAUUCUUGCUACUACUGGAACACUAAAAUAUAUAACAAAAAAGGGUGUGGGUCUGGGUGUAAUCUUUUUUGAUCUUGUUCGACAAAUGAAUCGAGCAACAGACAAUCCAUAUAUUCGUGAUCGAAUAGAAGCACCAACAGCAAUUAGGCCCGGACCAACUAUACCAGGACCAACUAGACCACCACCAACUAAUCCUACUUAUUCGGACACAUCAUCAAAAUCAUCUAAAAAAAAGAAAGAACAUAAGGGCAAUUGCAUUUUACUUUGA